ACAAAAUGAAGAAGGUGUAUCUGGACAAAUACACAAAAUAGCUGGUAUCAAAUUACAGAUAGACCAAAUGGCUUCAGGAACGCGUGUGCCCUGUGGUCCGUGCAUGUAUGAAGACGCGACGAAGGACGCGAAAAGAUGGUGUUCGAAUUGUAAAGAAGGAUUAUGUGAAGAUUGCGAAAAAGUUCACAGAAAAAGCAAAAUAUCAAGAAAACAUAAAGUGAUUUCAAUAGAGGAUUAUCGGAAAAUUGAAAAUGUUUCUAUCUCGCAGGUCUGUGAGCAGCAUGGAGAAAACCUGGAGUGGUUCUGUAAAACGCACGACGAAGUCCUAUGUAUGGUGUGUGUCCCGUCAGAACACAAGGCAUGUUCUGACAUCAUAUCAAUUAAUGUUGCUUCAAAAAAUGCAAGACAAUCAACUGCAUUAUCUGACCUAGAGGAGGCAAUUGAGGGAACUCUGCGCAACGUGAAACAAUGUAUAAUGAAUCGCGAAUCGGCUACAAAGGACAUCGAAAAACAGGAAUUGGCAAUCAAAACCACGAUACGUGAAACGAGAACAAAAAUAGAUGGCCACCUCGACAAUCUGCAGGAAAAAUUGCUACGCGACAUAAAAUCUACAUCCUGCACUUGUAGAUCAAAAUAUACGAAAUUUCUUCAGAAGCUAAAUUCAACAGAAGAAAUGCUGACCAAACUAAGGGAACAAACACUACACAUGAAACAAUUUUCUUCUGAUAUACAAGUGUUUCUGGGAACACGUCAGGUUAAUCAGCAGAUUGCUAGCGAGGUGGAAUAUAUCAAGAGUGAAAUUGGUGCUACCAAGGAUUAUGAAUUAAAAUUAGCUAUUCAUAGCCUGAUCGAAAAAAUAUCAAUUAAGGUUGAAGAAUUUGGGCAAAUAAAGGUCGUUGAAUGCACUGGCAACGUAAAUUAUAGAGACCAAAAAAUGGAUCAAGCUCAAAUUGGGAUCAACGUUCGAAAAUCAAAAAACAUAUCCGACGUGAAACUUCAGCUAAUUAAAACAUUUCAAAUCCAGAGGAAAAAUGAAAUAGAUAUUUCAGGUUGUGUCAUAUUGCCUAACGGUCAUUUAUUGAUUGCAAAUAACACACAAGAAAAGUAUUUGAUAGUGUACAGUGAUACCGGUGAACAUAUCCGUGACAUUCCAGUCUCUGCGAGGCCGUUUGAUAUCACAGUGAUAGACUCUAAUCGUAUUGUUGUGACAUACACGGACACGAAAUUCAUAGAAAUAAUGAACAGCAAUUCUUUCAACGUUGAAAAGAGAAUAAAAUUGAAGAACAGUUGUUUCGGAAUAUCAAUAGAGGAUGGGAGACUUUACAUAACACGUGGAAAUACAAUACAUAUCCUGGAUCUAUCAGGAACACAACUGGAAACAUUAAAAGUAAAAUCUGAUAGUGCACUUUAUAUCACAACUAGCAGAGACAGGAUAUUUUACACAGAUUGCGCCAAUAACAGUGUGCAUUGCUGUAGUUUGGAAGGAGAAGAUGUAUGGCAGUUCAACAGUGAGUCGAUUGCAUGUCCUUACGAUGUAGCAGUAGACAAUUACAAUAAUGUGUACGUUGUAGGUUUUAGUUCAAAUAAUCUUACUAUAAUACAACAGGAUGGGAAAGACAGUAAGACACUAUUGACCGAAUCGGAUGGACUUGAUAUGCCAUCUACUGUGUACUAUGGAAAAGAGAAAAGAACCUUACUUAUAUGUAAUGAAAACGGAAAGGUUGUGUUGUACAAAGCUCGGUACAAAGUAAUUUAAAAGUUUUCAAAUCAUAUUGCUUCUGGCGUUGUAGACAUUGCCUAUCUGCAUACCACUAUUUGUCAUUAUUUUACUUUAAUACAAGAUAUCGGUUAUA